AUGGCCAUAUCUACUUUUAUCUCAUUUUCUUUUUUACUAAUAAUACUGGGGCAGUCCUAUCUAUCUAUCUAUCUAUCUAUCUAUCUAUCUAUCUAUCUAUCUAUGUUAAGCCCAUAUCUUUACAUAUUCAAAACUAUCUAUCUAUCUAUCUAUCUAUCUAUCUAUGCUAAGUCCAUAUCUUUACAUAUUCAACACUAUCUAUCUAUCUAUCUAUCUAUCUAUCUAUCUAUCUAUCUAUCUAUCUAUAAAAGGCAGGAUUCUCACACGAUAUUUUUUUCGUCUUUUUCCUCUCCUCGCGUUUCUUUCUUUCUUUCUUUCUUUCUUUCUUUCUUUCUUUCUUUCUUUCUUUCUUUCUUUCCCACCUUGGUUGUUUUUUCUUCUACUCACAUUUCUUUCUUUCUUUCUUUUAUUCCUCUUUCUUCUGUCUUUCCCACCUUGCUUUUUUUUUCUUCUACUCACUUUCUUUCUUUCUUUCUUUCUUUCUUUUUCUUUCUUUCUUUCUUUUGUCUUUUUUCUUCUACCACCUUGUUUGUUUUUUUUUUUUUCUUUUAUUCUUUUUUCUUUUCCGAACUUUGCUUGUUUUUCUUUCUUUCUUUCUUUCUUUCUUUCUUUCUUUCUUUCCCACCUUGCUUUCUUUUUUCUUUCUUUCUUUCCCCCAUUUUUUUUCUUCUCAUUUCUUUCUUGUUCUUUCUUUUCUUUCUUUUAUUCCUCUUUCUUCUUUCUUUCCGACUUUGCUUGUUUUUUUUCUUCUACUCACAUUUCUUUCCUUUUUUAUUUGUGUCUUUCUUUCUUUUCUUCUUUUCUUCUUUCUUUCUUUCUUUCUUCUAUUCCUCUUUUUUCUUUUCAUUCGCCUCUCUGUCUACGUUUUUCGUCUUUGCUUCAUAUUUUUUCUUCUUUCCUUUCUUUUUCUCUGUACUUUUUCCACUGAAAUUCUUUUGUUACUUUCGUCCAUUCACUUCCUUUGAUAGAAAUUUCUCUCUCUUUUUUUUUCUUUUAUGUCAAUCACCAUAG